CAAAACCAUAACCUAAAAUUUUGUUUGCUAAAAAAUAUAAACUAUUAUUAUUAAAAUCGUUCACAAAGAUGCACUUGUCCAAACUAUACCGGUUCAUAAGACCAAAAAUAAUAAUAAUACCAACUAAUAAAAUAAUAUUAAAUUCAAAUAAUCUACGACUAGCGAGUAAUUUUAAAAGGCCUCAAUUAAACACAAAAACAGAUCAAUUGGCUGAAAUCAAAGACACCUACUUUCGUAAUCGUACUGAGUUAACAAAACAAGAUUGGCAAAAUGUAACUGAAAUAUUAAUUAAAAAUUAUAAACAUAUUAAUACAAAUAAUGUAGAUGCUGUUAUAGUGGGUGUAUGCAGCGAUUCUGAACAUUUAUCGUUGGCCAAAAGUUAUAUUAAGCAUAUACAGAACAUUGGUAAACAGCCCAAUGAGGCUACAUUGGGUAAACUGCUACGAGUUUAUAAUAAUGUUUAUCAUGUAAGAGGUGCUCUGGACCAAGAGGAACAGGCAGAAAUAUUGGAAAUAUAUAACAGAAUGAGAGCAAAACACGAAAUAUUGGAUUCCUUAUCUUGUGAAAAUUUAAUUUGUGGUUUAGUAGCUACUGAAAAGUGGAGAGAAGGUUUGGAACUGCUUGAAAUGAUGAAAGUAUCUAGUAAUGCACCUAGUUUACCGGCCUAUACUGAAAUGAUUAUUAAAGCUUUUGCUACCAAUGAUUUGUCCUUGGGAUGGCAGCUAUUGCAUCAAAUGUUGGAACAAAGAAAACAGCCAAAAUGUGAAAUAUUUAUUACUCUAUUAAACACCUUAUUGCAGCAGCAUUUUAAAGAUUUCCAAAUGGAAUUAGAAAAACUAUUAACAUUUCUGGAAACUCAUGAUAUUGUUAUAACACAAAAAGUUGUUGAAACUUUACAAGAUGUGGCCCUAAAACAUCCUAAUCUAUUAGAGGUUACUGAAUCUAAACUAAAACGUUUUGGCAAAUGUUCUUCUUGUGGUCUUCAUAUGAAAAACGUUUCACUAAGUGAUGAAGAUUUUACAAAACUGCAAACAUCUUUCCUAGAUAAAGUUCUAAUACGUAAUGAUGUUUUUCAAAAAUCUACACCUCAAGAAGUAAAACGAUUCUGUGAUUAUGUUGAACGUACAGGACCGUAUGAUUGUGUAGUGGAUGGUCUUAAUGUAGCCUACUCCAUGGGUAGUAGGAAACCUACCCAAGCUUUAGCUAAUUUAUUGGCAUCUGUGGUAAAAUAUUUCCACAAUAAGAAUAAAUACGUUUUAAUUUUAGGCCGCAAACAUAUGAACAAUUGGCCCAAGAAAACUAUGCAAUAUGUCAAGGAUAAUGCAGCUGUUUUUCUUGCCAAUGAUAUCUCCCAGGAUGAUCCCUUCCUGUUGUAUGCCACUUUGAAAAGUGGUCAAACGACUGAUUUCUUCUCAAGAGAUUUAAUGCGUCAGCAUGCUUUCUUACUAGGUCCCGAGUUAAAAGUAAUAUUUCGCCGUUGGCAACAAGAACAUCAAUAUUCAUUGGUGACCCAAACCGAGAGUGGUAAAAUAAUUGUUAAGGAACCCAUACGACAUUUGAUUUGUACACAUAAAGUGGAAGAUGUAUGGCAUGUGCCAUAUAAAAAUGAGUUUUCUCCUCAUAUUACGGAUACUUUUGAAGUACCCGAGCAAUGGUUGUGUUUGAAAAUUAUUAAAUAAAAUGAAUAUUUUUACGU